GGGCGCUCUCCGGCGCUUUGCCGCAGCCGCCAGGGGACGCCGGAUCGCCCCGCCCCGCCCCGCCCCGGACACAGUCCAGGCCGCUCGCAGCGGGGAUGGCGCAGCAGUAUGCACGCGGGGCCGCGGCUGUGGCGGUGAUCCGCCUGAACAACCCCCCGCUCAACACGCUGAGCUCUGCAGUUGUUCGGGCUUUAGAGCAAGGAGUGAAGAAAGCAGAUGUAGAUCCUGCUGUGAAAGCUGUUGUGAUUUGUGGGACAAAUGGGACAUUCAGUGCAGGUGGUGACAUUCGAGGGUUUUCCUCCGUUCAGGCAGGAGACAGGCCCAGUCUGACAUCAGUAAUUAAUCUAAUAGAAAGAAGUGAAAAGCCUGUGGUGGCUGCCAUUGAAGGUAUGGCAUUGGGAGGAGGACUGGAGGUGGCACUGGGCUGUCACUACAGGAUUGCACAUGCGCAGGCCUGGGUAGGUCUUCCAGAGGUCACCCUUGGGCUACUUCCAGGUGCUGGAGGAACCCAGAGACUCCCCAGACUGAUUGGGGUCCCAGCCGCACUUGACCUAAUCACGACAGGGAAACAUGUGCUCGCUGCUGAAGCGCUGAAGCUGGGCAUCAUUGACGAAAUCGUGGAAGAAAACACAAUUGAUGCAGCAAUCCACUUGGCAAACAAAGUGUCAGGUCAGCCAUUAAAUUCUCGCAGACUCAGUCUGAAGCAGGUUCAAAGUCUGCCCAACAUGGAUGCAAUUCUCAGCGAGGCUCUUGUGAAAGUGAAAAAGCAGGCCCGGGGGUGUCUGUCUCCAGAGAUGUGUGUCCAAGCAGUCAAGGCCUCUGUGCAGCUACCCUUCACAGAGGGUAUUUGGAAGGAGAGAGAGCUGUUUAACCUCCUGUUGUCCUCAGGCCAGGCCAAAGCACUGCAGUAUGUGUUCUUCGCACAGAGAGCAGCACAGAAGUGGACAACACCCUCUGGAGCUUCCUGGAAAACUACUUCAGCUCAGCCCAUCCGAAAAGUAGCUGUGAUAGGGCUGGGAACAAUGGGCCAAGGCAUUGUGACUUCUCUGGUGAAGGCCAAGAUGUCCGUAGUAGCUCUAGAGCAGGAUCAGAAGCAGCUGGAGGUAGGAGUAAGAGCUGUGACAUCCCUUCUGGAACAUGAAGCUUCAAAAAUGCAGUGGAUUGGCCAACGCCCAGAUGCCUGUGAUCCCGCCCUUCUCCAGUUCACUCUGGACUUCGGUGUGUUACAGAAUGCAGAUCUAGUUAUUGAGGCUGUGUUUGAGGACAUGGCACUGAAGAAGGAGAUCUUCCAUAAGUUGUCAGCAAUCUGCAAGCCAGGGUCCUUCUUGUGCACUAACACCUCCGCCCUGGAUAUUGAUGAGAUUGCUUCAGCCACUAGUCGCCCUCACCAGGUCAUUGGUACUCACUUCUUCUCACCUGCCCAUGUAAUGAAGCUGUUAGAAAUAAUCCGUGGUCGUCACACAUCGCCCAUCACCAUUGCCACCGCCAUGGGUUUAGCCAAAACUGUAGGCAAAAUAGGGGUUGUAGUAGGGAAUUGCUUUGGAUUUGUUGGGAACAGAAUGAUGACUCCUUAUGCUGAACAGGCAGUUUUUCUGCUAGAAGAAGGAUGUAAACCAGAAGAAGUAGAUCAAGCUCUAGAGGGAUUUGGUUUCAAUAUGGGGCCUUUCCGAAUGUCAGAUCUUGCUGGGCUUGAUGUGGGCUGGAGAUCUCGGAAAGGGCAGGGCCUGACUGGACCCGAACUGGCUCCAGGAACUCCUGCUCGCCUGCGUGGCAGGAGGAGAUACAGCCCACUGCCUGAUCUUCUAUGUGAGAAUGGAAGGUAUGGCCAGAAGACUGGCAUGGGCUGGUACCAAUAUGAGAAACCUGGGGCUAGAAUAGCUAAUCCAGAUCCAUGGCUUCACAAUUUCCUGAUUGGGUAUAGAGAUUCCCAUCAUAUUAAGGCACGUUUCAUAGACGAGGAGGAAAUCCUGGAGCGCUGUCUGUAUACCCUCAUCAAUGAGGGCUUCCAGAUCUUAGAUGAUGGAAUAGCUUCUGCCCCAGAAGAUAUUGAUGUAAUCUACAUCCAUGGCUAUGGAUGGCCAAAGCACAGAGGUGGCCCCAUGUUUUACGCUUCCACCAUCGGGUUACCUCGCAUUCUGGCUAAACUGCAAAAAUAUUCUGAGGCCCAUCCUGACAUUCCCAGAGUGCAACCCAGUGCUUUUCUGAAGAAAUUGGUGUUAGUGGGAAACCCUCCAUUGAAGGAGUGGAUGUCCCAUGCAGGACACCAGAGCAGUAAGCUGUGAUGUCCCUGCAGCCUACUCUACACAUUCAGCCACUUGUCUAGUGGUGACAAGUAUCUCUCACUGCCAUAAUCAGUGAUGUCUGUUCCAAUCAAACCCAAAGCACAGCAGGUUGAAGAAUAAUGUCUGGCUCAGUUGAGCGGAGUAACUACUCUCUCUAAUGGUAGUUGUUGUCGCUUUCCUUUCCCUGCUCACAAUGCACCCAUCCCUCCCACCUCACUAGUGCACCACACACGCCCUCAAGCUGCCAGUAGGAGACCCCUUCUGGCUGGCUGUUCCCUGACAAGCUGCACUCAGCCGACUGCUGGAUCCUAACAGCUGGUGUUCUUAACUGCCUGCCUCUUGUCAUUCCUCUGGUGAGGGAGGGAGCAACACCUGGCAGCUUGUGAGACAGUUGAAAGUGGGAGGGUAGGCUGGGGGUCCUGGCUUGGGGACACAGAGCCAGUGAAGAUUCACUGCAGACAGGUAUCUUCACCUAGCUCUGCCUCCCAGCAGCUACAGAUCUCCUCUUGUUGCUGCCACAGAACCCUCUAGUGACCAAAGGCAAACCGUAGGAAUUAGUCCCCGUGGGAGAGCCACCUGGGAAGCAUCCAGUUUACUAAGGAUUCAUUUACAUGAUGAACCUUCCCCUCCCAAAGGGAACAGAUUAGACUGUCCCAGAUAAUGGUCUCUUCACGGAGUGCACGUUUGUGGGGUUUUGGAUUGGCUGGAGGAAGUGGAGAAUGGUACAAAAUGGAACCGUGCAUUUUGGAAAUAAAUUGUGAUGCAGUGAAGAGAGCAUCCAGGGCUAGCAUCAAGGGAUAGCACUCAGCACCUACCUCCACCCCCAAAAUAACACUAAUAAACACAGCACAAUCACAGAAGACUAUGACCUGCUCAUUAGCUAGUGGCUGGAAGAUCACAUCCUUUCCCCUCCUUCCUGCCCUCCAACCUCUUCCUCCAGACAAAAGUGCCUCCUCUCCAAGAGGGAGUGUAUGUGUGUUCCCAGAACGCCUCACCUGCUUUUCUAGCCUGACUGCUGGCAGCUGCUGAGCAUAGAAGGCAUGGAGGGCCUUGUGCACUACAAGUGACAGGAGUAAAGCCUUUCUGUGGCACUUCAGUGUUUCAGGUGUACAAAGGGCACCAUGGAAAGUAAAUGGGCUCAAGAGCUCUGCAGAUAGGAGUUGUGCUGCAGGCAUGGAGGGAAGUCUCCAGCAGAUAAAAGAACAAGGAAGAGAAAUAUUUGCUUUUCUGAACUUGGCCCUGCGGGGUAAGGACUCCUCUUGCUCUUGUGCAAAGAGCACAGCUCCCAGUCGCUGGGACAGAUUCUUUUCUUAGGAAAAGCCAUAUCUGAAAUCAAACUCUGCUUUGUUUCAUUAAUUUUUAAUAAAGCUGAUUUUCAUUUUCUGUCAUCACCUA